UCCGUCCAAAAUCUCAGAGAAGAAAAAAGAGAACGAGCAAGCUUCGAUUUUGAGUGGGAAAUUCAAAAUGUCUGCUACUGUUUCUCAAGUUCAGGCAAGCAUUUCAAUGCCGGAGGAGUCAUCUGAUUAUGGCCGUGCCAGCUUCUGGACUCGAGCAAAUGCUUUGCUCAGAAAGAACUUAACUUUCCAGAAACGGAAUAUGAAACAGAAUGUUCGGCUUGUUUCAGUCCCAAUUUUGCUAUGUAUAAUGCUCCUUCUCAUCCAAAUUUUGGUCAACCAUGAACUGGAUAAGCCUGAGAAUAGGUGUGGCUGUGUUUGUGUUGAUACUAACGGAGACGGCGAAUGUGAGAAAGUUUGUGGAUUGGAAUACUCAACUGUGGAUCAAGGGUUCACUUGUCCCAUUCCUCAUCCCCCGGAAUGGCCGCCAUUGCUUCAAGUGCCGAAUCCUGAAUUUCGUGCGGUGAUAUCUGACGUUGUUCCGUAUAAAGACUUGCCGAGUGAGUCAUGCAAGAGGACAGGAUCUUGUCCUGUAACCGUAUUGUUCACCGGGAGUAAUCAUUCGAUGGGGGAAGUUUUGGCUCGGAAUAUGUUCACAAGUUCUUUUACAUUGAAUUCCUCUGAUAAUCUGGAUGAUGGUUUAGCCAGUAAUGUCUUAGGCUCAGAAUCAAUGCCUGAAUCUUCCAAUUUCCUUGAUCCUGCCUUCUAUUCGGGUCUUCCGAUGUAUAAUGUGCAAAGCAGAUGCUCAAACAACUCUGUCUUUUCUGUUCCCAUUAAUAUAUCAUCCAUUGAAAUACAACAAGAGGUGAGAUGUGUUCAAGGUCUGCAUGUGUGGCGCAAUAGUUCUUCUGAGAUAAACAAUGAGCUAUAUAAGGGUUACAGAUAUGGGAAUUCAGAGAGGAAGAUUAAUGAACUACUUUCAGCUUAUGACUUCUCUAACUCAAAUAUGAACAACUUUAAUGUAAGCAUAUGGUACAAUUCAACCUUUAAGAAUGACACAGGCAAUAGUCCAAUUGCUUUGCUGCGGCUUCCACGCUCAGUAAAUUUGGUAUCCAAUGCGUACCUUCAGUUUAUGCUAGGAUCUGGUACAAACAUGUUGCUUGAGUUUGUCAAAGAAAUGCCCAAGCCCGAAACCAGUCUCAGGCUGGACUUCUCUUCUCUUAUUGGUACAAUCUUCUACACGUGGGUCAUUUUACAGCUAUUCCCGGUGGUGUUGACGUCACUGGUUUAUGAGAAAGAACAAAAAUUGAGAAUCAUGAUGAAAAUGCAUGGACUUGGUGACGGACCUUAUUGGAUGAUUUCAUAUAUAUAUUUUCUUACAGUAUCUUCAAUCUACAUGCUAUGUUUUGUUAUAUUUGGCUCACUUAUAGGAUUAAAAUUCUUUGCACUGAAUGACUACAGCAUCCAAUUUGUCUUUUACUUCAUCUAUAUCAACUUGCAAAUAUCAACGGCUUUUCUAGUAUCUACUAUGUUUUCAAAUGUGAAGACUUCUGCAGUCAUAGGUUAUAUAUGCGUCUUUGGAACUGGGCUUUUGGGAGCCUCUCUUUUUGAGUUCUUUCUCCAAACUCCGUCAUUCCCUAGAGGUUGGAUCACUGUUCUAGAGCUAUAUCCUGGCUUCUCUCUGUAUCGUGGGUUAUAUGAGUUUGCUCAAUACUCCUUCAAUGGGGAUUAUAUGGGGACAGAUGGGAUGCGGUGGCGAGAUUUGAGUGACAGAGAGAAUGGGAUGAAAGAGGUCUGGAUUAUCAUGGCUGUCGAGUGGUUUGUGGUGCUUUUUCUUGCAUAUUACCUAGAUCAAGCUGUAUCAUCAUCAGGAAGUGUGAAAUAUCCUUUAUUUUUCUUUCAAAGCGGAAGGAAGAAACUGUCAUCUCGUAGGAUGCAUUCUUUGCAAAGGCAGGAAUCUGAAGUGCUUAUUCAGACGGACAAACCUGAUGUUGGGCAAGAGAUGGAGAAGGUCAACAAGUUGCUACUGGAACCGGAUACAAGUCAUGCAAUUAUUUGCAACAAUCUCAAAAAGGUUUAUACUGGAAGAGAUGGAAACCCUGACAAAUUUGCCGUGAGAGGGAUGUCUCUUGCUUUGUCUCGAGGGGAGUGCUUUGGUAUGCUUGGCCCUAAUGGUGCUGGGAAGACCUCUUUUAUUAAUAUGAUGAUUGGUCUGACAAAGUCAACCUCUGGCACGGCUUUUGUUCAAGGUCUGGACAUCAACACUCAGAUGGAUGAAAUAUAUACCAGCAUGGGAGUUUGUCCACAGCAUGACCUACUAUGGGAAACCCUGACUGGAAGGGAGCAUCUACUUUUUUAUGGAAGACUUAAGAACCUCAAAGGUUCUGGAUUAAGACAAGCAGUGGAAGAAUCUUUGAAAAGUGUCAGUCUAUUUCAUGGUGGGGUUGCAGACAAAAGAGCUGGAAAGUAUAGUGGAGGUAUGAAGAGAAGGCUUAGCGUCGCAAUUUCACUGAUAGGUGAUCCUAAAGUUGUUUACAUGGAUGAGCCCAGCACUGGACUUGAUCCAGCUUCAAGACAUAAUCUAUGGAAUGUUGUGAAGCGGGCAAAACAAGAUCGUGCAAUCAUCCUAACAACACAUUCCAUGGAAGAGGCAGAGGUUCUAUGUGAUCGUUUAGGAGUUUUUGUAGAUGGCAGCUUGCAGUGCAUAGGAAACCCAAAAGAGCUGAAAGCCAGAUAUGGAGGAUCUUAUGUGUUUACAAUGACGACAUCUUCAAAUCACGAGGAAGAGGUGGAGAACUUAGUGCGGAGCCUCUCCCCAAAUGCUAAUAAGAUAUACCAUCUCUCUGGAACCCAGAAGUUUGAGUUGCCGAAACAUGAAGUCAAAAUUGCAGAUGUAUUCCAAGCCGUGGAGAAUGCAAAGAGCAAGUUCACAGUUUUUGCAUGGGGUCUAGCUGACACUACCUUGGAGGAUGUUUUCAUCAAGGUCGCACUUGGGGCUCAAGCCUCCAAUAUCUUGGCAUAAUUGCCAUAAUAUAGCGGCCUACACCAUCUGUUAUGUAUCUCAAUAAUCUUUUUUUUUUUUAAUUUUUUUAUCUGGAACUAUACAUCUCUAUUUCUUCUAUAGCUGAUAUAAAAAUAGGUAUGUACAAUGAUGUUUGAUAAUUUGUAUUUGUUGUAAAGAAUCUCUCCUAUUGUUAUAUAGAAUAAAGUGAAAGAAACAUUCAUAGUA